AUGGCAAGCUCCGCUUACUUCAUUUGCGGUGCUGCUGCGGGUCUGGCCAGGGGCUACGCAUACGCUGUUGAGCAGCUGGUGCCAGGCGGCCACAAGCUCACGCGCUUGAUAGGCUUUGAAACGACCCAGCAGGGGCGCGACGACGACGUGAUAGCGAGCACCACCCGGGAUGCGCCAGCGGGACCUUCAGGCGCCCGCGACGCGGCCAGCUGGCUGACGGAGAUCAACGUGCGGCCGCUCAACGCCCAGUAUGAGGCCGGCGGGGCCGCGGCCGGCAGCCGCGCCGGGCGGGGCCGCAGGGGCGACGCGCACGACGCGCUGACCAUCGCCACCACAAACCGCUACACGUACGCCCUGGGCCAGGCCGGGGCCGGGGUAGCCGGCAGCCCGCACGGCAGCGCGCCCGUCACGCCGCGCAGCGAGGCGACCAGCGACAGCACCAUGGCAGCGCUGCGGCGCAAGAAGCGGCUGUUCAAGGGGCUGCGGCAGAAGGGCGACAAGGCAAACCAGAUGGUGCGGUGA